UGGAACCGCGAUCAGCAGAACUCUGCUCUUGCCGACCCUCCUCGCCCCGUCCGGCCUUGGCAAGGCCAUUCGCCACCGAACUCGUACCAGAACGACGCAUCCAUGGGCGAUCCAUGGGGUACGUCCGUACCCGGAGCUCGGACUCAUGGCAACACACCAUGGGCCGGCCGCACAGCGUACCGUCUGACGCUACCGCCUGCCACCGUGUCAGCCGCUAGAGGCGAGAUUGCCGUGCCGACGGGCGGUGUGAUCGCCCUUACGGCCCACGGAGCGCUGCGGGAGGGUGGGUGACGUCUGCGCCGUGAGCCGCCGCCGCCGAACCCAGCCGGUCGCCAGUCGGUGUCUGUCUGUCGUCUGGCUUGGUACGGCGCGAGGUCAGGUCAGCAGUUCACAUCAUCACCACAGCAGCGAUGUCGGACAAGAAGUGCGUGUUUGUGACCGGCGGAGCAGGCUACAUCGGCUCCCACUGCUGCGUCGAGCUGCUCAACGCCGGAUAUGAUGUCAUCGCCAUCGACAACUUCGCCAACUCCAGGCACACCGACUCGGGAGAGGCGCCCUCCCUCAAGCGCGUGGAGGAGAUCACGGGCAAGAAGCUGACCUUCUACCAGUGCGACCUCCUCGACAUCAACCGGGUCGACGAGAUCUUCAGCAAGCAUCACAUCGACUACGUGAUCCACUUCGCGGCCAUCAAGGCCGUCGGCGAGUCUAUGCAGUUCCCGCUCAAGUACUACAAGAACAACGUCAUCGGCACCAUCAACCUGGUCGAAGUGAUGAAGGAGCACAACGUGUACCAGAUGGUGUUCUCCUCGUCGUGUUGUGUGUACGGAGACCCGGAGCACCUCCCCAUUACCGAGGAUCACCCGACCGGCAACGUGACCAACGUGUACGGCCGCACCAAGUACCUCAUCGAGGAGAUGCUCAAGGACCUCACACACGCCGAGCCGAGGUGGAACAUUAUCUCUCUGCGGUACUUCAACCCGGUGGGCGCCCACCCGUCCGGCCGGAUCGGCGAGGACCCCACCAAGAACUUCAGCAACCUGAUGCCGUACAUUGCCCAGGUGGCGCUCGGAAACAAGCCGCACGUGGAGGUGUUUGGCGGGGACUACAACACGCCGGACGGCACAGGUGUCCGAGACUACAUCCACAUCAUGGACCUGGCGUCGGGUCACGUGGCCGCGCUUAGCCGUCUCAGCCAGGAGCACUUCCGGUACAAGCCGCUUAACCUGGGCCUGGGCAGAGGGCUCAGCGUCCUAGAGCUGCUCGCGCACUGGGAGCGGGUGACGGGCACGCGCGUGCCCCACCGGAUGGCGCCGCGGCGCUAUGGUGACGUGCCGACGCUCGUGUGUGACGGCUCCCGCGGCCAGCGCGAGCUCAGCUGGACGCCCCGCUACGACAUCGACGACAUGUGCCGUGACAUGUGGCGGUGGCAGACCCAGAACCCGCGCGGCUACCAGGACGACUGUGACUCCCCGGCCACAAACGGAGCGCUGCCCGCCUCCAAACUGGCCAACGGCGCCGGCCUGACCAACGGAGCCACCAACGGAGCCACCAACGGAGUAUCCACCGCCAACGGAGUGUCCAACGGAGCAAACGGCCACUGAGGAGCGAAACGGCGCAGCUCGAAAAGGGUGGUUUAUCAUAUAAGUCCCUACCCAAAGCUGGCGAUGCUCGCACUGAUUCUCGGUCCGAGUUGGCGGUCUCGGUUGGCAAUUUUCGCUCCGAGUUUGCAGUGUUCCGAUGCUGUUUUCGAGCCGAAGUUACGGGCGAGGGAGGAUAUCUCGCACCCAUGUGUGUAGCAGUAUUGUGGACCACAGAAUGGAGCGAGGUGUCGACUGUAGGUCGUCCCUGGUAGUUUGUUGUCUUCCAAGAUCGGCUCGGCGGCAGCGCGCGCCUGGACCAACAUUACCCCAGAUUGUGGGGAUAUAGAUUAGUUUUGUUUGCUCGUUUGUCUUGAGUGGUUGUGAUUUCUUGAUUUUCGAUAUAUUUUCAUAUCUGUUGAUAGAUAUUUACAUAUUCAUAUAUUUAAUCAGCUGCCGUUGUAAUUUAUUUAUUUCAAUGUCGAUAUUCUUUGAUCUACCCCCUUUUGUUAAAAAGCAAACAUCAUUGCAUAUCAGUUUUGAUGCACCACACCGUAUUGAUCAUUGAGAAAAUGUUUAAUAAAUUUCACGCUGAUUGA